AUGCUAGCCUGCUAUCCACGACGUCAACACGCCAACUCUCCUAGCCUACCAUCACCAACCCCCUCCCAUCUCAACUACCUCUCCCACCUCCACCACCAAGCCUCCGUCCCCUCUCCUACCGAACUUCAAAACGACAAAGCGUUGCGCAACUACUUCCAGCAACAACAAUCCUCGACACCCCUUCCCACCACCUCCAGGCCCGACGCAAAUCAGUUUGCCGAUCAGUACAUGACGACCUCAUUCGACUUCUCCAACCCGUCCGUUCGGAUACAGCAGUCGACCGCGGGUGCCCAGCUGCCCAACACAUACCCGACCGCCAAUCUGAUGAUGGACACGGGUGCAAACGCACUGGGCUGGGAAUUCGCAAACAACGGCCAGCUCAACGCCGCGCCCUCGACCCUCCAUUCUUCUGCGAUAAAGAACAGCCGUCGCACUCAUCAGCGGUCGCCCUCGUCAUCGACAAACGGCUCCAACGUCUCGGCCACUUCCGGAUACAACCCUGCUUUCCACUACUACCCCAAUUCCGAGCAACAUCCGUCGACACCACAGGCUCCCAAAGUUGAGUCAUCAUAUAACGCCGAAGACAUCUCGGGCACUUUCUCGAACCACCUGCCCACUCCUUCACACACUCCCACUCAAGAUACCUUCAACCAAGCCAACACCUACUCGAGCUUCAACAACAUGCACGUCCACGACGGAGGCAUGGCAGCACAUAUGGCCAUGAAACAGGCUUUGAUGGACCAGCACCAUCAAGCCGGAAACGAUGGCAACUGCCCCGACUUCGGACACUCGUCCAGACAGUCGGUCUCGAGUUAUGGCGCCGACUCGCCCGCCACUCCUCACAACGCCCAGGAAGACUACAGCGACGACCGCUUCAAGGUGCCGACCAAUGGUGAGAAAUGCUUCCCACGGGUGGAGAACUGGAUCGAUGAAUACUUACAAUACCCCGACGACGCAGACAUCCGGCCAGUUCCUAAACUUGACCGCACCAUGACGGAUAUCUACGCAGAUGAGCUGUUCAACCCGAACGCCAUGGCACCAGCACCAGCCAAGCAGUCGUCGCAGCAGCCUUCCAACGCCCUCCUCUCCCCUUUCCGGAACGUCAUGAACGACAGGCUGCAGGCCGCGCACCAAGCCCGCUCGCAGUCGCCAGUCAGCUCCAUGUCGCGUGGUGUUUCCCCAUUCAGACAGGGUUCGCCACUUGCACCGCCGAACAACUCGUUCGCGUCACCGCAGGUCCGGCUAGGCAGCGCCCAGCAGCUGCGCGAGCAGCAGAAGGCCGAGGCUGACGCGUAUGCGCUUCAGCGAAGCCAGCGCCAGCCGGACAUGUCCGAGCCAAAGACGAUUUCCCCCAAGGAUGCGCUGCUGGACUACCACGAAUCGGAAGAGGACGCGAAGAUGCCGCUCUUCCCUGAAGCCAGCGGAAACGACUACGACCACUCAUACACGAGUGGCGACCAGACGCACUACGACGGCUCUUCGGAGGUAUCGUAUGGAAGCACAGCCACAAGUCAAGGCGGCAGCUGGACCGGACAGGCGGCGACGAACUUUCCAUCGGUUUCCGGGCCUUCGCCACCGCAGUCGAAUUUCAACUUCGUGGCGCCGUCGGUGCCGAACGUGAUGCACAGUCUCAACUUCACCAACACGGCGACGCCGUACCGAUCAGUCACGAGCGUGCCCAGCUCGGGCCAGGACGAGAACCCGCAAUUCCACCCGCAGCUCACAUCGAUGGACUCGAGCGCCAGCGAGAUGCCCGAGUCGUCGCAGGCCAGCAACGACGACUGCAGCACGCCGGUGCAGAGGCCGGACAACCUGCACGCCGACACGGGGACGUACACGUGCACGUACCACGGGUGUUCGCUCCGGUUCGAGACGCCGCAGAAGUUGCAAAAGCACAAGCGCGACGGGCACAGGCCGCACCCCCCGACUCCUGGAGUGGGAUCCGGGAUGACGUCAGCCCAGCUUUUGGCUCGCAACUCGCAGGCGGGCCCUCACAAGUGCGAGCGCGUCAACCCGACGACGGGCAAGCCGUGCAACACAAUCUUCUCGCGGCCCUACGACCUGACGCGUCACGAGGACACGAUCCACAACUGCCGCAAGCAGAAGGUGCGGUGCGCGCUGUGCGUCGAGGAGAAGACGUUCAGCCGCAAUGACGCCCUCACCAGACACAUGCGCGUGGUGCACCCCGAGGUCGACUUCCCCGGCAAGCACCGCAGGCGCGGCGGCGGCAGCUCCUACGAGUAG